AUGUCAACCUGGGGACACUUCUUCCGGGUGUCCACCUAUGGAGAAUCUCAUUGCCGAUCCGUCGGGUGCAUCGUCGACGGGUGCCCUCCGGGUCUACAACUCACAGAGUCGGACAUUCAACCUCAGAUGACCCGACGCCGUCCGGGGCAGUCAGCUCUGACCACUCCGCGAAACGAGAAAGAUCGCGUGGAGAUCCAUUCCGGAACUGAGUUUGGCAUUACGCUGGGGACACCGAUCAUGUUGAUGGUGCGGAAUGAGGACCAACGACCCAAAGACUACGGGAGUGGGACGAUGGAUAUGUAUCCCAGACCGAGUCAUGCGGAUUUCACCUACUUGGAGAAGUAUGGAGUCAAGGCGAGUAGCGGAGGAGGGAGGAGCAGUGCACGAGAGACGAUUGGUAGAGUAGCAGCCGGUGCCAUUGCGGAAAAGUACCUGUCGCUUGCCCAUGGCGUGGAAAUCGUGGCCUUUGUCUCGUCCGUCGGAGCCGAGUACCUUUUUCCUCCGACACCAACUCACCCGACCCCGGCCACGAACCCGGCCUUUCUCUCAUUAAUAUCAGAAAUCACAAGAGAGCAAGUUGAUUCGUUCGUGCCUGUACGGUGCCCAGACGCGGAAGCCACCAAGCGAAUGACCAAGGUGAUUGAGAAGCACCGGGACGCAAAGGACAGCAUUGGAGGCACUGUUACCUGUGUGAUUCGAAACUGCCCAAUCGGCCUGGGUGAGCCAUGCUUCGAUAAACUCGAGGCAGAGCUUGCACAUGCCAUGCUGAGCAUUCCUGCCACCAAAGGAUUCGAGAUCGGUUCAGGCUUCGGAGGAUGUGAGAUAUCCGGAUCAACUCACAACGAUGCAUUCAUCGCGGCCCCCGAAGUGCUACCGGGGCAGAAGACAUCGAAACGGAAAUUGACGACCAAGACCAACAAUUCUGGAGGCAUCCAAGGCGGCAUCUCCAACGGACAGGACAUCUACUUCCGAGUUGCCUUUAAACCUCCUGCCACAAUUGGACAGGCGCAGCAGACGGCGACGUUUGAUGGAGAGGACGGCGUCCUGGAGGCUAAAGGGCGACACGAUCCUUGCGUCGUGCCCAGAGCAGUGCCGAUUGUCGAGGCCAUGUCUGCUUUGGUGCUCAUGGAUGCUCUCCUGGCACAGCAAUCUCGAGAAACAGCCCGGAGUCUAUUGCCGCCGUUGAAGGCAGUAUUGCCAGUGAAAGGCAGCGGAACAACAGCGACUGCAGAGAAGGUGGCGGAACAUCUGAAUGGGGCUGCGGCAACACAAUAA